GCUGCAUUUGCAAAAGUGCAGACAAGACGUUGAUAAGUUUAACGCGGAGUGGCAGGGGCAGUGAGCAGGGUUGCAUUGGAGCUACGCGCCAUGGAAUCUACGCUAGCCGUCCAGGGCGCCCUCCAAGCUGGACCCGUGACAAAAUUACAAGCAUCUUCUGCUUCUGCAUUCGACAGCUCCGUCCUCCGGUCAGCACAUUGCGGCUUCUCAGGCCGACGGCAGGCCAGGAACCGCGUUUCACAGCUUUCGUCAAGCUCGUUUCUGGGGUCUGCAAAUGCUGCUAUGUUCAAGUCAUUAGGAGCGAAACGGCUCCCUAGCCCUAUGCGCCGGCAGAGCCAAGUGGUGCCGGUUGUCGCCAAAGUGCUGGAGAACACUGUUAUUUUGGAAGACAAGGUCAAAGCUGAAGCAGAUCAAGAUGCCUUUGACUUCAACUCCUACAUGGGUGCAAAAGCGAAAGCUGUGAAUGCCGCCCUGGACAAAGCAGUGCCAAUGCAGUAUCCUGAGAAGAUUCACGAAUCCAUGAGGUACUCGCUUCUGGCAGGAGGCAAGAGAGUGCGCCCAGCUCUGUGCAUCGCAUCCUGUGAGCUGGUCGGUGGGAGCAUGGAGACGGCCAUGCCGGCCGCAUGCGCCAUGGAAAUGAUUCACACAAUGUCCCUCAUCCACGACGACCUGCCAGCCAUGGACAACGACGACUUCCGACGAGGGCAACCGACCAACCACAAGAAAUACGGCGAGGACGUGGCGAUCCUGGCGGGCGACGCCCUGCUGUCCUUUGCGUUUGAGCACAUUGCCAGGGCCACCAAGGGGGUCCCCGCGGACCGCGUGUUGCGAGUCAUUGCCGACCUGGGGACGGCAGUCGGAGGGGAAGGGCUCGUGGCGGGCCAGAUUGUCGACCUGGACAGCGAAGGCAAGGGCAACUCGAUCGGGCUGGAGACGUUGGAGUACAUUCACCGGCACAAGACGGCGGCGCUGCUCGAAGUGUCGGUUGUCGCAGGAGCGGUCCUGGGGGGAGCCACAGAGGACGAGAUUGCGAAGUUGAGGAAGUAUGCCCAGUGCAUCGGACUGGGGUUCCAGGUGAUUGACGACAUUCUGGACGUGACCAAAACCACGGAAGAGCUGGGAAAGACGGCGGGCAAGGACAUCGAUCAAGCCAAGGCGACCUACCCUAGCUUGGUCGGUCUGCCCAAAGCAAGGGAGAUCGCCCGGGAUCUCAUUCAAACAGCAAUCGAUCAGUUGUCCUCCUUCGACUCUCACAAGGCAGCACCGUUGGUAGCCCUGGCUCUCUACAUUGAGAAUCGGCAAAACUAGAGCAGGGCAGGGAAGCUUUCAUUCAUCUCUUUGAAGGUCUCAGGGGCACUCGUGACUAGAAGUUGCUCUUGCCUAAGCCAAGAAAGUGGGCAGGAGACGGUGAAGGAUCUACGCUUACAGUUUUGUUCACUUCGGUUCCUCGGCUACAAUAUGUAUCAUUGAAAGUAUGACAGCAACAAUAAUUGCGUCAGCACGGACAAGUGCAUUGUCAAGCAAACUUCAGAUAUCGACAUUCUGAUGUAGCCGUAUAACGGGCCUUGAUAAGGCGCGCCUUGACAUGCAAGUACCUUGAAGCCCAAAGUUGGAAUCCAUUCCAACCGUACAAGUGCAGACUCUGAUUGAAAGCCU